GCCGCCGCCCCAAGUAGGAGCCCCGAGCCCAGCGCGCGGCGCCCGGCGGAUGAGCCUUCGUCUGGGCGACGAGCCGCAGCGAGCGGACAGCAGCACCCCGAGGCCCGGCCCCGCGAGGAGCGGCGCCCGGAGCGCGCAUACGGAGCCAUGAGGGGCCAUGUCGCCACCAGCUGCCGCAUGCUCUGGCUUUUGGCGUUGGUUUCUGGAUGCUGGGGCCAGGUGAACCGGCUGCCCUUCUUCACCAACCACUUCUUCGACACGUACCUGCUGAUCAGUGAGGACACACCUGUGGGUUCCUCUGUGACCCAAUUGCUAGCACGCGACAUGGACAAUGACCCCCUGGUAUUUGGCGUGUCUGGAGAGGAGGCAUCUCGUUUCUUCGCUGUGGAGCCUGACACAGGCGUGGUGUGGCUCCGGCAGCCUCUGGACAGAGAGACCAAGUCUGAGUUCACAGUGGAAUUCUCCGUCAGCGACCACCAGGGGGUCAUUACCCGGAAAGUGAACAUCCAGGUUGGAGACGUGAACGAUAAUGCACCCACAUUCCACAAUCAGCCCUACAGCGUUCGCAUCCCUGAGAACACCCCGGUGGGCACCCCAAUCUUCAUCGUGAAUGCCACGGACCCGGACCUGGGUGCAGGCGGCAGCGUACUCUACUCCUUCCAGCCUCCCUCCCCAUUCUUUGCCAUCGACAGUGCCCGAGGCAUCGUGACCGUGACACGGGAGCUGGACUACGAGACCACUCAGAGCUACCAGCUCACAGUCAACGCCACAGAUCAAGAUAAGACCAGACCUCUGUCCACGCUGGCCAACUUGGCCAUCAUCAUCACGGAUGUCCAGGACAUGGACCCCAUCUUCAUCAACCUGCCCUAUAGCACCAACAUCUACGAACACUCCCCACCGGGCACCACUGUGCGCAUCAUCACAGCCGUAGACCAGGACAAAGGACGCCCCCGAGGCAUUGGCUACACCAUCGUCUCAGGGAACACCAAUAGCAUCUUUGCUCUGGACUACAUCAGCGGGGCACUGACCCUGAACGGCCUUCUGGACCGGGAGAACCCUCUGUACAGCCAUGGCUUCAUCCUCACUGUGAAGGGCACGGAGCUGAAUGACGACCGCACCCCUUCGGAUGCCACUGUCACCACGACCUUCAACAUCCUGGUCAUUGACAUCAAUGACAAUGCGCCCGAGUUCAACAGCUCUGAGUACAGCGUGGCCAUCACAGAACUGGCCCAGGUGGGCUUUGCCCUCCCACUCUUCAUCCAGGUGGUGGACAAGGAUGAGAACCUGGGCCUGAACAGCAUGUUCGAAGUGUACCUGGUGGGCAACAACUCCCACCACUUCAUCAUCUCGCCCACCUCCGUGCAAGGCAAGGCCGACAUCCGCAUCCGGGUGGCCAUCCCUCUGGAUUACGAGACUGUGGACCGCUACGACUUCGACCUCUUUGCCAACGAGAGUGUCCCGGAACACGUGGGCUAUGCCAAGGUGAAGAUCACCCUCAUCAAUGAGAAUGACAACCGGCCAGUGUUCAGCCAGCCUCUAUACAACGUCAGCCUCUAUGAGAAUGUCACCGUGGGCACCUCAGUGCUGACCGUGCUGGCCACAGACAAUGACGUGGGCACCUUUGGGGAAGUCAGCUACUUCUUCAGUGAUGACCCUGACCGGUUCUCCCUGGACAAGGACAUAGGGCUCAUCACGCUGAUUGCCCGCCUGGACUAUGAGCUCAUCCAGCGCUUCACCCUGACCAUCAUUGCCCGAGACGGUGGUGGGGAGGAGACCACGGGCCGUGUCAGGAUCAACGUGCUGGACGUCAAUGACAACGUGCCCACCUUUCAGAAGGACGCCUAUGUGGGCGCCCUGAGAGAGAACGAGCCGUCUGUCACGCAGCUGGUGCGGCUUCGGGCCACUGAUGAGGACUCUCCGCCCAACAACCAGAUCACCUACAGCAUCGUCAAUGCCUCUGCCUUCGGCAGCUACUUUGACAUUAGCAUGUAUGAAGGCUAUGGAGUGAUCAGUGUGAGCCGGCCCCUGGACUACGAGCAGAUCCCCAAUGGGCUGAUCUACCUGACCGUCAUGGCCAAGGACGCUGGCAACCCCCCUCUCAACAGCACUGUCCCUGUGACCAUUGAGGUGUUUGAUGAGAAUGACAACCCUCCCACCUUCAGCAAACCUGCCUACUUUGUCUCAGUGCUGGAGAACAUCAUGGCAGGCGCUACUGUGUUGUUUCUCAAUGCCACCGACCUGGACCGCUCCCGGGAGUAUGGCCAGGAGUCGAUCAUCUACUCCCUGGAGGGGUCCUCACAGUUCCGGAUCAAUGCCCGCUCUGGCGAACUCACCACCACCUCCCUGCUGGACCGGGAGGCCAAGUCUGAGUACAUCCUCAUCGUGCGUGCUGUGGAUGGCGGCAUGGGCCACAACCAGAAAACUGGCAUUGCCACCGUUAACGUCACCCUUCUGGACAUCAAUGACAACCCCCCUACGUGGAAGGAUGCCCCUUACUACAUAAACCUGGUGGAGAUGACACCCCCGGACUCGGACGUAACCACAGUGGUGGCCGUGGAUCCAGACCUGGGUGAGAACGGCACCCUGGUGUACAGCAUUGAGCCCCCCAACAAGUUCUAUAGCCUGAACAGCAGCACUGGCAAAAUCCGCACCACCCACGUCAUGCUGGACCGGGAGAACCCCGACCCUGUGGAGGCAGAGCUGAUGCGCAAGAUCAUUGUGUCCGUCACAGACUGUGGCAGGCCUCCUCUGAAGGCCACCAGCAGUGCCACCGUGUUUGUGAACCUCUUGGACCUCAACGACAAUGACCCCACCUUUCAGAACCUGCCUUUCAUCGCCGAGGUGCUGGAAGGCACCCCCGCAGGUGUCUCUGUCUACCAGGUGGUGGCCAUCGACCUGGACGAGGGCCUGAACGGGCUGGUGUCCUACCGCAUGCGUGUAGGCAUGCCCCGCAUGGACUUUGUCAUCAAUAGCACCACUGGUGUAGUGCUGACCACAGCUGAGCUGGACCGUGAGCGCAUUGCCCAGUACCAGCUGCGGGUGGUAGCCAGCGAUGCAGGCACCCCCACCAAGAGUUCUACUAGUACACUCACCAUCCGAGUUCUGGACGUGAAUGAUGAGACUCCCACCUUCUUCCCGGCUGUGUACAACGUGUCCGUGUCCGAGGACGUGCCCCGCGAUUUCCGAGUACUCUGGCUGAACUGCACAGACAACGACAUAGGCCUGAACGCCGAGCUCAGCUACUUCAUCACAGGUGGGAACGUGGAUGGGAAGUUCAGCGUGGGCUACCGUGAUGCUGUGGUGAGGACAGUGGUGAACCUGGACCGGGAGACCACAGCUGCCUACACUCUCAUCCUGGAGGCUAUUGACAAUGGCCCCGUGGGCAAGCGGCGCACAGGCACUGCCACCGUGUUUGUCACCGUCCUGGAUGUCAACGACAACCGGCCCAUCUUCCUGCAGAGCAGCUACGAGGCCAGUGUCCCCGAGGACAUCCCUGAGGGCCACAGCAUUGUGCAGCUGAAAGCCACAGACGCGGACGAGGGCGAGUUUGGACGUGUGUGGUACCGCAUCCUUCAGGGUAACCAAGACAACAACUUUCGGAUCCACGUCAGCAGCGGGCUCCUAAUGCGAGGGCCACGGGCGCUGGACCGGGAGCGAAACUCCUCACAUGUGCUGUUGGUGGAGGCCUACAACCAUGACCUGGGCCCCAUGCGGAGCUCUGUCAGGGUGAUCGUAUAUGUGGAAGACGUGAAUGAUGAGGUGCCCGUGUUCACACAGCAACAAUACAGUCGCCUGGGGUUGCGCGAGACUGCAGGCAUAGGCACAUCUGUCAUCGUGGUGCGGGCCACUGACCGGGACACGGGGGAUGGAGGCCUGGUCAGCUACCGUAUCCUGUUGGGGGCUGAAGGCAAGUUCGAGAUUGAUGAGAGCACGGGUCUCAUCAUCACCGUGGACUACCUGGACUACGAGACCAAGACCAGCUAUCUGAUGAAUGUGUCGGCCACCGACCAGGCACCGCCCUUCAACCAGGGUUUCUGCAGCGUCUACAUCACUCUACUCAAUGAGCUGGAUGAGGCUGUGCAGUUCUCCAAUGCCUCGUAUGAGGCCACCAUCAUGGAGAACCUGGCUCUUGGCACUGAAAUUGUGCGCAUCCAGGCAUUCUCCAUUGACAACCUCAACCAGAUCACCUACCGCUUCGAUGCCUACACCAGUUCCCAGGCCAAGGCCCUCUUCAAGAUUGAUUCCAUCACGGGGGUGAUCACAGUCAAGGGCCUGGUGGACCGGGAGAAAGGGGACUUCUACACCUUGACAGUGGUGGCAGAUGAUGGGGGCCCCAAGGUGGACUCGACCGUGAAGGUAUACAUCACUGUCCUGGAUGAGAAUGACAACAGCCCCCGGUUUGACUUCACAUCUGACUCGGUGGUCAGCGUGUCCGAGGACUGCCCCGUAGGCCAGCGUGUGGCCACAGUCAAGGCCCGGGACCCUGAUGCAGGCAGCAACGGGCAGGUGGUCUUCUCUCUGGCUUCCGGCAACAUCGAUGGCGCUUUCGAGAUUGUCACCACCAACGACUCCAUCGGGGAAGUGUAUGUGGCCAGGCCGCUAGACAGGGAAGAACUGGACCACUACAUCCUGAAGGUCGUGGCAUCCGACCGGGGCACCCCUCCACGGAAGAAGGACCAUAUCCUGCAGGUGACAGUCCUGGAUGUCAAUGACAAUCCCCCAGUGAUCGAGAGCCCUUUUGGCUACAACGUCAGCGUGAACGAGAACGUGGGCGGGGGCACCGCCGUGGUGCAGGUGAGAGCCACAGACCGUGACAUCGGCAUCAACAGUGUCUUGUCCUACUACAUCACUGCGGGCAACGAUGACAUGACCUUCCGCAUGGACCGUGUCAGUGGGGAGAUUACCACGCGCCCCGCCCCACCCGACCGUGAGCGCCAGAGUUUCUACCACCUGGUAGUCACCGUGGAGGAUGAGGGCACCCCUACCCUGUCGGCCACCACCCAUGUGUACGUGACUAUCGUGGAUGAGAAUGACAACACGCCAGUGUUCCAACAGCCCCACUACGAGAUCUCGCUGGAUGAGGGCCCCGAAACCAUCAACUCCAGCCUGGUCACAGUCAAAGCACUGGACUUAGAUGAGGGGCCCAACGGCACAGUCACUUAUGCUAUCGUGGGUGGUAACAUCAUCAACACCUUCCACAUCAACAGGCGCACGGGUGUCAUUCGGGCCGUCAAGGAGUUGGACUAUGAAAUUUGCCAUGGCCGAUACACCCUGAUAGUCACCGCCACGGAUCAGUGUCCUAUACUUUCCCGCCGUCUCACCUCCACUACCACGGUGCUAGUGAACGUGAACGAUAUCAACGACAACGUGCCCACCUUCCCCAGACACUACGAGGGACCCUUCGACAUCACCGAGGGCCAGCCAGGGCCUCGAGUAUGGACCUUCCGGGCCCACGACCGAGACUCGGGCCCCAACGGGCAGGUGGAAUACAGCAUCGUGGAUGGGGACCCUCUGGGAGAGUUUCUCAUCUCCCCAGUGGAGGGGGUGCUGAGGGUCCGGAAGGAUGUGGAACUGGACCGGGAGAACAUUGCCUUCUACAACCUGACCAUUUGUGCCCGUGACAGGGGAGAGCCCCCACUCAGCUCCACCAUGCUGGUGGGCAUCCGGGUGCUAGACAUCAAUGACAAUGACCCGGUGCUACUGAACCUGCCCAUGAACCUCUCCCUGAGCGAGAACAGCGCGGUGGGCAGCUCUGUCACCCAGAUCCUGGCCAGUGACGCAGACAGCGGUUGCAACGCACUCCUCACCUUCAACAUCACAGCAGGCAACCUGGAAAGAGCCUUCUUCAUCAACGCCUCGACAGGAGUGGUUAUUGUAAACCGGCCACUGGACCGUGAGCGCAUCCCCCAGUACAAGCUGACCAUCUCCGUGAAGGACAAUCCUGAGAACCCACGCAUUGCCAGGAAGGAUUUUGACACGCUGCUCAUCCUUCUGUUGGAUGAGAAUGAUAACUACCCACUGUUUACGGAGGACACGUACCAGGCCGAGGUGAUGGAGAACUCGCCCGCCGGGACUCCCCUCACGGUGCUCAAUGGGCCCAUCCUGGCCCUGGAUGCGGACCUGGACAUCUACGCUGUGGUGACGUACCGGCUGCUGGGUGCCCAUAGCGACCUCUUUGACAUCGACAACAGCACAGGUGUGGUGACAAUAGGGACAGGUGUGCUCAUUGACCGGGAAGCCUUCUCACCACCUCUUCUGGAACUUUUGCUCCUGGCCGAGGACGUGGGCCUCCUCAACGGCACUGCUGACCUGCUUGUUACCAUUCUUGACGACAAUGACAACUGGCCCACCUUCAGCCCGGCCGCCCUCACUGUCCAUCUGCUGGAGAACUGCCUGCCAGGAUUCUCAGUCCUUCAGGUGACAGCCACAGAUGAGGACAGUGGCCUCAAUGGGGAGCUGGUGUACCGAAUAGAGGCGGGCGCCCAGGACCGCUUCACCAUCCACCCAGCCACAGGGCUCAUUCGCGUAGGCAAUGCUACCAUCGACAGGGAGGAGCAGGACUCCUACCGCCUGACUAUUGUGGCCACCGACCGAGGCACUACCCCACUCUCGGGCACAGCCAUUAUCACCAUCCUUAUAGAUGAUAUUAAUGACUCCCGGCCCGAGUUCCUUAACCCCAUCCAGACGGUGAGUGUGCUGGAGUCUGCAGCUCCAGGCACCAUCAUCGCCAACGUCACCGCCAUUGAUAGGGACCUCAACCCCAAGCUUGAGUAUCACAUCAUUGGCAUCGUGGCCAAGGAUGACACGGACCGCCUGGUGCCCGACCAGGAAGACGCCUUUGCUGUGAAUAUCAACACAGGCUCUGUGAUGGUGAAGUCUCCUCUGAACCGGGAGCUGGUGGCCACCUAUGAGGUCACACUCUCAGUGAUCGACAAUGCCAGUGACCUCCCGGAGCAUUCGGUCAGCGUGCCCAAUGCAAAGCUGACAGUCAACAUCCUGGACGUCAAUGACAAUACACCCCAGUUCAAACCCUUAGGGAUAACCUACUACACGGAGCGGGUCCUGGAGGGGGCCACCGCAGGCAGCACACUCAUCACUGUGGCAGCUGUGGACCCUGACAAGGGCCUCAAUGGCCUGAUCACCUACAGCAUAUUGGACAUGACUCCCCUGGGCUGUGUCCAGCUAGAGGACUCAUCAGCAGGGAAGGUCAUUGCCAACCGCACAGUGGACUAUGAGGAGGUUCAUUGGUUCAACUUCACUAUGAGGGCUUCAGACAAUGGCUCCCCACCCCGAGCAGCUGAGAUCCCUGUGUAUCUGGAGAUCGUGGACAUCAAUGACAACAACCCCAUCUUCAAUCAACCAUCCUACCAGGAAGCUGUCUUUGAGGAUGUCCCUGUGGGUACUGUCAUCCUGACCGUUUCUGCGACUGAUGCCGACUCGGGCAACUUUGCCCUCAUUGAGUACAGCCUCUGGGAUGGAGAGGGCAAGUUUGCCAUCAACCCCACUAUGGGUGACAUCUAUGUACUGUCCUCCCUGGACCGUGAGAAGAAGGACCAUUACAUCCUCACUGCCGUGGCCAGAGACAACCCUGGAGACAUAGCCAGCAACCGCCGAGAAAAUUCUGUGCAGGUGGUGAUUCAGGUACUGGACAUCAAUGACUGUCGCCCACAAUUCUUCAAGCCCCAGUUCAGCACGAGCGUGUACGAAAAUGAGCCAGCAGGCACCUCAGUCAUCACCAUGCUGGCCACUGACCAGGAUGAGGGUGCCAAUGGGGAGCUGACCUACUCGCUGGAGGGUCCAGGAGUGGAGGCCUUCGAUGUGGACCCUGACUCGGGUCUUGUCAUCACAAAGCGCCCGCUGCAGUCCUAUGAGCGCUUCAACCUGACGGUGGUGGCCACAGAUGGCGGUGAGCCCCCACUCUGGGGCACCACCAUGCUCCUGGUGGAAGUUAUCGAUGUCAAUGACAACCGCCCGGUCUUCGUGCGGCCGCCCAACGGCACCAUCCUCCACAUCAAAGAGGAGAUUCCGCUACGCUCCAAUGUGUACGAGGUGUACGCCACCGACAAGGAUGAGGGCCUCAACGGGGCAGUGCGCUACAGCUUCCUGAAGACAGCUGGCAACCGAGACUGGGAGUACUUCACCAUUGACGCCAUCAGUGGCCUCAUCCAGACAGCUCAGCGUCUGGACCGUGAGACACAGGCGGUGUACAGUCUCAUCCUGGUGGCCAGCGACCUGGGCCAGCCCGUGCCAUAUGAGACCAUGCAGCCACUGCAGGUGGCCUUGGAGGACAUCGAUGACAAUGAACCCCUCUUCGUGAGACCACCAAGAGGCAGCCCCCAGUAUCAGCUGCUAACUGUGCCUGAGCACUCACCCCGGGGCACGCUCGUGGGAAACGUGACCGGUGCUGUGGACGCUGAUGAGGGCUCCAACGCCAUUGUGUAUUACUUCAUCGCAGCUGGCAAUGAGGACAAGAACUUUCACCUGCAGCCUGAUGGACGCCUGCUAGUGCUGCGGGACCUGGACCGGGAGCGUGAGGCCACCUUCUCCUUCAUCGUCAAGGCCUCCAGCAAUCACAGCUGGACACCCCCACGGGGGCCCACUCCAUCCCUAGACCCUGGGACUGACCUCACCCUGCAAGAAGUGCGUGUGGUCUUGGAGGACAUCAAUGACCAGCCUCCCCGCUUCACCAAGGCCGAGUACACUGCAGGUGUGGCCACUGACGCCAAGAUGGGCUCAGAGCUGAUCCAGGUGCUGGCCCUGGACGCAGACAUUGGCAACAAUAGCCUCGUCUUCUAUAGCAUCCUGGCCAUCCACUACUUCAGGGCCCUUGCCAACGACUCGGAGGAUGUGGGCCAGGUCUUCACCAUGGGGUAUGUGGAUGGUAUCCUGCGCACCUUUGACCUCUUCAUGGCCUAUAGCCCUGGCUAUUUCGUGGUGGACAUUGUGGCCCGAGACCUGGCUGGCCACAAUGACACAGCCAUCAUCGGAAUCUACAUCCUGAGGGAUGACCAGCGCGUGAAGAUUGUCAUUAACGAGAUUCCUGACCGUGUGCGUGGCUUCGAGGAGGAGUUCAUCCGUCUGCUGUCCAACAUCACUGGCGCCAUCGUCAACACUGAUGACGUGCAGUUCCACGUGGACAAGAAGGGCCGGGUGAACUUCGCACAGACUGAACUGCUAAUCCACGUGGUCAACCGAGACACCAACCGCAUCCUGGAUGUGGACCGGGUCAUCCAGAUGAUCGAUGAGAACAAGGAGCAGCUUCGGAACCUUUUCCGGAACUACAAUGUCCUGGACGUGCAGCCGGCCAUCGCUGUACGGCUGCCUGAAGACAUGUCCGCACUGCAGAUGGCGAUCAUCGUCUUGGCCAUCCUGCUCUUCCUGGCAGCCAUGCUCUUCAUCCUUAUGAACUGGUACUACAGGACUGUACACAAGAGGAAACUCAAAGCCAUCGUGGCUGGUUCAGCAGGGAACCGCGGCUUCAUCGACAUCAUGGACAUGCCUAACACCAAUAAGUAUUCCUUCGACGGGGCCAACCCAGUGUGGCUGGACCCCUUCUGCCGGAACCUGGAGCUGGCAGCGCAGGCCGAACACGAGGACGACCUGCCGGAAAACCUGAGCGAGAUCGCGGACCUGUGGGGCAGCCCCACGCGCACCCACGGAACUUUCGGGCGUGAGCCUGCAGCUGUCAAACCUGAUGACGACCGCUACCUGCGGGCAGCCCUCCAGGAGUAUGACAACAUUGCCAAGCUGGGUCAGAUCAUCCGGGAAGGGCCCAUCAAGCUGAUCCAAACGGAGAUGGACGAGAACACGGGGGACCGCAGCCCGGGUCAGGGCAGUCUGCACUUCCGCCAAAAGUCGCCCAUGGAGCUCAGGGGGCCCAUGGGGCAUGGCAGCUCACGCACCCUGCUGCCCACUGACCUCAACAGCCUGCCCGAAGAUGACCAGAAGGGCCUGGGCCGCUCGCUGGAGACGCUGACGGCCGCUGAGGCCAACGCCUUGGAACGUAAUGCCCGCACCGAGUCAGCCAAAUCCACACCCCUACAUAAGCUCCGUGACGUGAUCAUGGAGAGUCCCCUGGAGAUCACCGAGCUCUGACUGGG